AUGGUCUACAUGUUCGACAUUCGAACACUUUUUCAACUAUUUCAAUUAAUUCCAAGAAACAUAUUGGAUUCAACAGACCAAAUUUUGUAUGCCAAACUUAUUGAUCGAUUGGCGAGUUCCAAAUGCGUUUCGUCAUCAUUUUGCGUAAUCGAUAAUACGAUCAAUUUUUGUCAAGGCACACCAUACGGAUCUGCUUCACGUGCAAAAAACUUCCCCUCAAAUAAAAUCGCCAAUUUUAUUCUUAUACUCAAAUACAAACCCUUAUCAGUUUCGUCAGCAUUGCGUAUUGAAAUACUGGACAGAAUUAAUGAUUCUCUAUUCCUUUAUCAAGGAAAUUACAAUGUAUCGUUACCUUCAAUGUUUUGCACGAAUCCUGAAUAG